UUAACUUUCCGUUCAAUUCAAUAAACCCGUGUAAUACACACACAAAAACACACACCGGCAACAAGAUCUUCAUUUCCAUUCCAAUUCCCAAAAAAUGCAGCUGUAAUAUACCCUAUAUAUAUACAUCAGUUGCAUUUUUUCUUUCAAAACCUUAACAAGAUCUAAAUCUCGUGGUUCUCUACAGAUCUAACAAAACCGCCAUGAAUCUCCCUCUUAAUUACACUCUUCUUUUUCUUCUCAUCUUCAUUUUCUUCUCCGCAUCCCUUAUUUAUGCUCAGGAUGUGAAUGAAAAUGAAGACUCAACUGGAUCUAUAAUAGAUCUAGGUCGCCGUAGUAAAGUUGUUGUAGAGACACUUAAAAAGAAUGUUAUAGGUGACAAGAUUGAUCCAAAAGCUGUACUCAAUUUGGAUUCUGGUCUUGGCGUUGUUGAUGCAUUUUUUGCUAGUUUGUCAAUGAUCCUUGUCAGCGAGAUUGGAGAUGAGACUUUCAUUAUAGCAGCUCUUAUGGCAAUGAGACAUCCAAAGUCAAUUGUUUUGUCUGGGGCACUUAGUGCACUGUUUGUGAUGACGAUACUUUCUACAGGGCUUGGUAGGAUUGUUCCAAAUUUGAUAUCAAGGAAGCAUACAAACAGUGCUGCUACAGUUCUUUAUGCCUUCUUUGGGAUGCGGUUGCUGUAUAUUGCAUGGAGAUCAUCAGAUUCAAAAGCUUCCCAGAAGAAAGAAAUUGAGGAGGUUGAAGAGAAACUCGAGUCCGGUCAAGGAAAAACUGCUGCGCGCCAGUUCUUUUCUAGAUUCUGUACGCCUAUCUUCCUGGAGUCAUUUAUUUUGACAUUUUUAGCAGAGUGGGGAGACCGAAGCCAGAUUGCAACAAUUGCAUUGGCGACUCAUAAAAAUGCAGUCGGGGUUGCUAUCGGAGCAACAAUAGGUCACACUAUCUGUACAUCUGUAGCAGUAAUUGGUGGCAGCAUGUUGGCAUCAAAAAUCUCACAACGCACCGUUGCAACAGUCGGAGGCUUGCUAUUCCUUGGUUUUUCUAUCUCAUCAUAUUUCUACCCUCCUCUAUAACAACGGGUCAAAAUGAUCUAUAUCUUUAGGUGCAAAUGUUGUCGGUUUGAUCUAUGUUCUAUAAAUAUAUUUUCUCACAACCCUUUGCUGUCCCAACAAGAAUCAUGUAAAAUUUUAGGGCAAGUUUGUUCUAUUCUUUUCUUUUUGUAGUCGUAUAUGUAAAACAUUAUAUCGAUUGAUAUUUUGACCCAUCAAAACAGUUUUUAGGAACCGCACCCAAUACACAGUUUAUAAAAUAUGAAGUUGUAUA